AUGCCGCGGGAGCGCGGGUUUGACCCCACUGCGCUACACACAGACUUGGAUGUUGGCAACAAGAACAUCAAAUACGUUCUUGCAGGUGAGGGAGCAGGCACCAUUUUUGCAAUCAACGAGCUAACUGGGGACAUCCAUGCCAUGAAGAGGCUGGACCGUGAGGAGAAAGCCGAGUACACGCUAACAGCACAGGUCAUUAACGCCGACACAGACGAGCCUUUGGAGCCGCCAUCUGAGUUCAUCAUUAAAGUUCAGGACAUAAAUGACAAUUCACCGCAGUUCAUUGAAGGCCCAUACCACGCAUCGAUUCCAGAAAUGUCUGCUGUUGGAACCCCAGUUACCAGGGUAACAGCCACAGAUGCUGAUGAUCCAGUGUACGGGAACAGUGCAAAACUAGUCUACAGCAUAUUGGAGGGACAACCAUACUUUUCUGUCGACCCAAACUCUGCAACUAUAAAAAUCGCCCUCCCUGGAAUGGACCGGGAGAUGAGAGAGGAGUACCUGGUGGUCAUACAAGCUAAAGACAUGGGAGGACAUAUGGGCGGUUUGUCUGGAACGACGACUGUGACCGUCAUGCUAACAGACAUUAACGACAACCCACCAAAGUUUUCCAAAAGUUUGUAUGAAUUUGUGAUCCCUGAAGACCUUCUGGUAGGGAAGAUGGGUGGCAAAGUGGAGACAAACGAUCGAGAUAUCGGUGAGAACGCCAAAUCGAUAUACAACAUCAUAGAGGGAGAUGACCAUGGCGUGUUUGAGAUUAUUACAGACACACAAUCGCAAGAGGGAAUACUCAGACUAAAAAAGCCCUUAGAUUACGAGGAUAAGAGAACCUACAUAUUGAAAGUUGAAGCAACCAACAUUCGCACGGAGCCCGGCAUCAACCCGCCCUUCAAGGAUACAGCCACUGUGAAGAUUGUAGUGGAAGACUCAGACGAGCCCCCUGUUUUCUCCAAACCCAUGUAUUUACUGGAAGUGAAUGAGAACGCCCCCAUCAACACGGUCAUAGGAACGGUCACCGCCAGGGACCCAGACUCCUUUGGGAGCCUUGUCAGAUACUUUAUCGACCGGCACACAGACCUGGAGAGGCAGUUCAACAUCAAUGUGAACGAUGGGAAAAUCACAUUGGCCAAACCGCUGGACCGGGAAACCGACGUGUGGCACAACAUAACAGUAACAGCUACAGAGCUCAAUUUAAAAAACCACAGCCAAAUAUCAAGAGCAAUUGUGGCCAUCAGAGUAAUGGACAUUAACGACAAUGCCCCUGAAUUUGCAGAUGAAUACCAAGCUGUUCUGUGUGAAAAUGGAAAACCUGGACAGGUGAUUCAGACUGUCAGUGCUGUGGACAAAGACGACCCAAUACAGGGCCACUACUUUGACUAUCGGCUAGUCCCAGAGAUGCUCAAUAACCCCAAUUUUACCAUCAAAAACAACCAAG